UCAUAUCACAAGGAGGGAGGCACAACCAUAGAAUAAUACAUCAUAUUCAUUUUCGGUAAGUGUUUACUUUCUAUUCAUUCCUCAUGAGAAGUUCUUGCAACUGUGAAAUUGAGCCCAUGAGAGUAGGACUGCUUUUUCAAGCUCUACUGCUCUUUCUUCUUACCUUCAUCAAUUCUACAUACUCAGAUAAUUUUGGCUUCAGUUACUCAGGCUUCCUUAGAUCAAAUUUGAGCUUGAAUGGUGGUGCUGAGAUAAUACAGAGUGGAGCACUACAAUUGACAAACAAUUCUCUUCAAGUAAUUGGUCAUGCUUUCUAUCCUCAACCUCUAAGGUUCAAGAACACCUCAGCAGGCAAUGUUCCCUCUUUCUCCACUCAUUUUGUGUUUGCCAUCACUAGUCCAGUCUACCAACCUGCUUCAGGGCUCACUUUUGUGAUUUCCCCUGCAACCCAGUUUCCAGAAGCCAUGUAUGCCCAGUAUUUAGGUCUUUUCAAUCGAACCAGCAAUGGUGACCCUCAAAACCAUGUCUUUGCAGUAGAAUUUGACACAGUUCAAAAUGUGGAGUUCGAAGACAAGAAUGGCCAACAUGUAGGUAUUGAUCUUAAUAGCUUGACAUCCAACGUGUCUGAGUUUUCAGCUUAUUACACAGUAGAGGGUCAUAGCACAAUUAGACAUGCUUUGAAUCUCACAAGCGAAGAGCCGAUUCAAGCAUGGAUAGACUAUGAUGGUGCAGAGAAGUUGCUCAAUGUAACGUUAUCUCCUUCUGGGACAGUGGGAAGGACUGGUCGACCUUUGAUUUCGUUCAAGGUUGAUCUUUCUGAAAUCCUGCAAGAGUUUAUGUAUGUGGGUUUCUCUUCGAGUACGGGUAGUAUUUGGUCCAGCUGCCAUUACAUUCUAGGUUGGAGUUUCAAAAUGAAUGAUCGAGCUCAAGAUUUAGAUCUCUCUCUUCUUCCAUCAUAUCCCAAGACUAGUAAAUCAUCAAGAAGGCUUUCCAUGGGGUCUAAAUUUGCCAUAUCCAUGGCUGUUGUGAUGUUUGUUGUGGCGACCAUUUCUGUAACUAUAUACCUCAUCCAUAGAAGACGAAGAAAUGAGGAAGUCAUUGAAGAUUGGGAAUUAGAAUAUGGCCCUCACAGGUUCUCGUACAAGGAGCUCUCUAUGGCGACCAAGGGGUUUGGGGAUGGAGAGCUCAUAGGCUCCGGAGGCUUUAGCAAAGUCUACAAAGGAGUGUUGCAAGCCUCUGGAUUACAAGUUGCAGUGAAGAGACUCGCACAUGAAUCAGACCAAAGGUUGAGAGACUUUUUAACAGAGAUCUCCAGCAUAGGGAAGCUACGCCACAGGAAUCUAGUGCAGCUCCAUGGAUGGUGCAAAAAAUUGGGUGAGCUCCUCAUAGUCUAUGACUACAUGCCACAUGGAAGUCUAGACAAGCACCUAUUUAAUGAGAAUGGCCUAAUUUUGAGGUGGGAGCAGCGAUACAACAUCCUCAAGGGCGUCGCUUCCGUGUUACUAUACCUUCAUGAACAGUGGGAUCAAGUAGUUAUACAUAGAGAUGUGAAAGCUAGCAAUAUAUUAUUAGACACAGAUAUGAAUGGGAGGCUAGGGGACUUUGGACUUGCUAAGCUAUAUGAGCAUGGCGCAAAUACACAAACAACUCGAGUGGUUGGGACAUUAGGUUACAUGGCACCAGAGCUAGCUCGCACCGGAAGAGCCACAACCGAGUCAGAUGUCUUCUCAUACGGUGCAGUUUUGUUAGAGGUGGCAUGUGGUCGUAAGCCAAUUGAGGCACAAGGCUCUCAUCAAACAUUUUUGCUUGUUGAUUGGGUUUGGAAGUGCUUCAAGAAAGGAAGGAUCUUAGAUGUGUGUGAUCCUAGGCUUGGUGGUUGCUAUGUGGUAGAGGAGAUGAUAAUGGUGCUAAAGUUGGGCUUGCUGUGCUCACAUCCAUUGCAUAGUUACAGGCCAAGCAUGAGACAAGUUUUCCAAUAUUUGGGUGGAGACACUCCCUUUCCAGACCCUUCUCCUAAUGAUAUGGUGGUGAGCACCAAAGAAAUCGAUGAUGACUAUUUUUACUCACAUGUUUUUUCACAUGAUGAGUUCUCCACCAGUUCAUCUGCAUGUACUGAAAUUCCAUUAUCUGGAGGCCGUUGAUCCUCGGACACCAUUUGUUUUCUCUUCCUUUUCAUUUAAUUAUAUUUUUCCUUUUUCUAGUGUAUAGUGAAAAUAUCAAUGAAUUUACAAGGUGGUUCAUAGGAA